AUGGAGAGAAUCGCUUUCACAAACAGAUUAAACUUUGAAAUGAACGCAAAGGACGCGACGCAGCCCUGGAGACCGUGGGUCAGCAAAGAGCGUCACGCACGGAAAACUGACACUUAUUCGCCCUAUAAAAAACAAGCUCAAAAUGUAACUGAUGUACAACAGUUUAAACUCCCUGUGAUCACACACCCUGUAAAGUUAUUCUGGCCCAAAUCUCGCUGUUUUGAUUAUUUGUACCAGGAUGCUGAGAUUCUCCUGAAGAAUUAUCCGGUUCAGGCCACCAUCUGCCUGUUUGAGGACUCAGACAGUGAUGAAGAGGACGAGAAAGAACUCAAUUAACACCUGCUUUACUUAUAGACUCCA